AUGAAGCUUGCAAAGGUUUUACUAUUGAUACUGUUAAAAGGAAUUUUCGCUUUUACAAGCGACAAAUUUACAGCUGCUUACUCGAGCUCAACCUACUUCCUGACUUUGGAAGAUAAAUACCUCACGGGUUUUGUUGUGGAACAGUUCGAGUCUCCGAGCUUGCUUUCAUGUUCACAUUCUUGUUUGAGAACUUCCUGGUGUUCUUCUACUAACUUUAAGGAGUAUUCGAUGAUGGAAGCAGGCAAAUGCGAGUUGAACAGCCACGAGGUUCUCGAUGUCGGCAAGGGUUCCCAUUUCCAAGAUCGCCGAGGCUCAAGAUUCUCACUUCUUCGUAAGGAUUGUGCGUUGACUGGCUGCCUUAAUGGUGGGUCAUGCCUGUUUGAUGAGAAGAUACAAAGAUUUACAUGCUCUUGUAAACUACCGUGGACCGGAGACAAUUGUGGAGUUAACGCAACAGUUUACCGAAGCUGUGAUGAGUUAUUCAAGGCUGGGCAUGAGGAGAGCGGAGUUAACUUAAUCAGACUCAACCAGUCCGAGUUUUUGAGGGUGUACUGCGACCAACAAUCAAGCAAGGGAGCAGGAUGGACCAUGGUAUUCAAGGUAGUGUCUGGUGUGGUGUCGGACAUUUACAGAUUGUGGUCAUCAGCGAACUCCUUUAACGAAUACAAAACAGAGGCACUAAAUGUCAACGCGUCUCUUAAGGGGCAUUACAAGAACCGCCUGGUAAAUAACUGGAAUGCUGUGAAUCCUAAGGAGGUGCGUGUUUCAUUGUACAAAGAUGGAUCUGAAAUUUUAUCCAUGGUGUUUGACGCCAGUAAUUCCGAUAGCGAAAACUGGUUUUCUAAGGAUCGGAUUACUUAUGUUCCCUGGACUGACCUAAGAACUGAAAAAACAAACGUUUUCGAUGUGAAUGUGUGUUGUGGAAGAGCGUUUUCUAUCUUCAGGAAUUAUGGAGGAUGCAGAAACGAUGCUGGAUGGCUCGUAAUAACUGGUAUGGAUUGUGAUUGGGAGAACCGCUUUCCAAAAACUACUGUCAUGUAUAGUAAACUUCGAACUCACGUUGACCUCAAUGACUUCGUAAACGUUGGCAUUGCAGAUGUCUUCGCAGUGUUUAUUCGUUAAAAACUAAGGGGCAAGGGUUGAAGACACGCUCCGAUUGGCUACUCAGACACCGAGUAUCCUUUGCUAUUCACCUCCAAGCAACGUG